CCACUAUCACCUUUGCACUCAACCCAACGCACUGACCUUUCUUACGGGAAUUUUGGAAGCCUUUAUCAAGCUCUUCGACUCGCCAAGAUUCUCGUUCAGCUCUACUUGGCCACGACCAGCUUCACGCACGAGACUAGCUUUGCAGCGUUUAUCAGGAUCACUUAUUCAGGCUCGUUAGCAGAACGCCAAACGUCGCGCACACUAUCGGGUGGCACAGAACACGCAACUUCGUCUUGACCGCUCAAGUAGUGAACAGCUAGGAUGUCGGGAGCUCCAACGAGAUCAAACCUGCUGCGCUUGUACAGAGACUAUAUGCGGACUGCGCAGAGCUUCUCAUCAUACAACUUCAGGACGUACUUUCAACGUCGAUCGCGGGACAUGUUCAGAUCUGCAUUGCUGCCUGAGCACGUCGCAACCUCUUCUCCUUACUCUCAGUCCGGCAACGUCACGGAGCCCGUAUCGCCCUCCACCCUGACAUCCACUCCACCCACCGGUCUCUCUUCGCCAGCAACGCAAGACGAGAUGUUGAAAGCGUGGUACGACUCUGCUAGAAAGGAUUUGGCGGUGCUUAGAAGAUCUGCUUUGACCAAUCAGAUGUAUGCGGGAGAGAAGUUGGUGGUGGAACAACCCAGACUGGUCGUUGGAGGUGGAGGUGCAGGUGGAGAGGCCGCUACGGGAGGAAGCGGUCAACCGGUCAGUGGACCUCAGAGCGGUGGAGGUGCGCCGCCUAGCGGAUGAGGGGAGAAGACCGCGCAGCGAUGCACACAUGCCGAGUUGCCAUCCAGACCGACCACUACUCAAUGCAUGAGCCUCGUGUAUGCUUGUCCGGUCACGAGUCUACCGAAUCUUUGCUCCGG